CGACCCCUCCCACUAGGCGUUCCCUCAGCCUUUAAUGCUCCAAUCAUGAGCUGACCCUUUACCCCAGCUCUUUGUGGGUAGCUUGUUAAGCUUUUUUUUCUAUUCAAACAUUUUUUUUUUCUCUUCCCCUCCGUCAUUGAGCCACUUGAGGCUGCAGUAAACGGAAAGAUUGCUUUGAGAGAGAAGCACAAGGAUUGGAUAAAGCCAUGCAGACAGUGAGGCAGCAGCUGACCACCGCUAAACCUUCCUAACGCUCUUUUGGGGAAUACACCAGGACAGUCCAAGAGGGAACGUGCUAGAAUCAAACUCGUCAGGAACUAAACAAACUAAUAGAACAGGAGAUGAGAGUAGAGGCAGGAGAUGCUUAGACGGACCAAGAAGUGAGUAGGACAAUUAACAGGAUUUCUAGUGUUUUUGUGAAGACUGUUACAAAAGUAUAUACAAAGUCUGACAUAGGAAAGCAUGGCCAACUCAGGUCUACAGCUGCUGGGAUACUUUCUGGCUCUGGGUGGUUGGAUCGGGGUCAUCUCCACCACAGCUCUGCCCCAGUGGAAGCAGUCGUCAUAUGCAGGAGAUGCCAUCAUCACAGCUGUGGGGCUGUACGAGGGCUUGUGGAUGAGCUGUGCCUCUCAGAGCACGGGACAGGUGCAGUGCAAGAUCUUUGACUCCAUGCUCUCCCUAGACAUCCACAUCCAGACAUGCCGAGCCCUCAUGGUGAUCUCUGUGCUACUGGGAUUUAUGGGCAUCAUCAUCAGUGUGGUGGGCAUGAAAUGUACUAAAGUGGGCGACAACAACCCCACCACCAAAACACGGAUCGCUGUCACUGGUGGAGCGCUUUUUCUGCUUGCAGGUCUAUGCACACUGGUGUCUGUGUCCUGGUAUGCCACUCAAGUGUCUUAUCAGUUCUUCAACCCCAACACCCCAGCCAAUGCCAGGUACGAGUUUGGUUCAGCCCUGUUUGUGGGCUGGGCAGCAGCCAGUCUGACCAUCCUGGGUGGCUCCCUCCUGUGCUGCUCCUGCUCCAAAGAGGAAAUGAGAGGGCAGCAAUAUUACCGCCAAUCACAGCCUUCCACAACCAGGGAAACAAAUGUUAAAACUACCCCACCAGAGAAAAGGGAGCAGUACUUGUAGUUUGGGAGAGUCUUCAGGCCUUUCAAUUUUUUAAAAUGUGUCUCAAAACCAUCUCACUGAAGUUCACAAAACAGACAAAAAUGGCAGUAAUACUGACAACAAUCUAAAAUUCUUCUGUCUCACAUGGUCCUGGAAACGUUGAAGCAUUGAGCUAGUCUGUUUUGUAGUUUCAGGAGAAUCUGUCAUUCAGGGUAUGUUUUAUGUAACCUGUUACUAUGCCCAGGUGUAUAUACCACCUAUGUUUCUUUUUGUGCUACUUUAAUGUUUUACUACUGCCUUAUAAAUAACAUGUGUCUUUAACUAGAAGAACUCUUGGGAAUUUGACAGCCAGCAUAUCUGUCUUUUCUAAAACUGAAAUGAAUGUGAAAUACUGUGGAAUUAAAUUUUGGCCAAAAUGCUUAUAUGAAGUACUGACUUCAGCAAGUGGGAUGAAAUGGUGGUCAAGAUCUGAUUUGGAGAGUCCCCCCUUGAAGGUCUCCAGUAUGAGUAGUGGCUGCUCCAUGGUACCGCAGCAGGAAAAUCCCCUCUGCCUGGCCCUGUGUUUGGCUACAGGGUAUCUCCAAACAGGGUGCAGAUUUACUGAAUUACACCUUCAGAUGACCAUUCCUCUUCAUUUAUUAAACCUUGUUCAACCAAUUCCCUUAAAAAGUAACUCAUUAUUUAGCAUAGAUAUUUUAAAGCUAUCACGAGUCGAGUGACCCACAGUGACUUCAACGAGGCAAUGACGUGUGUGUACAUGUGAAACAAGAGUGGUACUUCUCUCCAAACACAUGGUUUACAGUUGGGUAAAGCCACACUACAUGGUGGAAUCGGAUGUAAACAUCAAAUGUAGGAUAAUAUAGGAUAUUUUGUAUUUCUGAUGGCUUUUGUCACAUUUUAUUUCAUAUUUUUGGGAGUAAAUUUAAUUCCAGGUAUAUAAAUUACCACUUCUAAACAUGUACAGUAAAUAUUCCUUAAAGCUUAUGACACUGUGCACAGAGAAGCUGUGUACAGACUGCAGAGAAUCCAUUGUGCCAAUAUGUGUAAAUAUCAGUCAUAAUAUUAGACUGUCAAAAUGUACUGUACUGUUCUGUUAAUAUAAAACAACAACUGUUAUCACUUGCAUUUAUUUACCAUGCCUUCUUUUUAAUAUUUGCCAUCUUGUUGUGUACCAUCUCAUUUACACCUGUAUGUUUCUUUUAAAAUAAAGUAAACAGAACACAUA